ACGUAUACAUGUGCUAGAGGUGUGUCUAGUCUCAAUCUUGGUAAUCCUCUCUCUCACAGGACAUCCAAGAGAUUAAGCAAGAGCAGUCAUGUUAGGGCUUAGGAGGUAUUGCUACCAGUCCACACCUCAGCACAAGGUCUCUGGUUAUGACAAGUUUGUGCUCAGGAUCACUGGACUCUCAGAGGGAGUCUCUUACAACUCAAUCAGUAUUGAGCGGAUGGAGAAGGCCAACUCUCGAUUCCGUAUUGGUCUAAUGUUUUUGAUGAUGGGAUUCAGUGUAGCCGGGUCAGUGUAUGCAGUGAUGUUGGGGAAGAGGGACAGAGCUGAGCAUGUGCACAGUGUGACGCAGCAGAACAUAGAGAGACAUGCCAAAGCAAAGGCCAAGUCUCUGCAGGAGAAAUGACAAUUUAAUGUGAACUAUGUUAAUUGUGAUUCAUGAUCG